AUGUUGCGCACAGCAAACGCACGCUCCAUGCGCACUGUGACGUGCUCAGCGGCGUUCAAGCCAGCACAGCCUUUGUUUUCGAGGGCGGCGGCGGCGUCUGGUGCUGCGGCGGUGGCGGCGUCACUGAUGCUGUCGUCUGCGGCGCCGGCUCUGGCCGAAUUCCGCCUGCCGCCCAUUGACAAUGACCCCAACCGCUGCGCACGCGGCUUUGUGGGCAACACCAUUGGGCAGGCCAACGCUGUCAGCGACAAGAUCCUCGACCUGCGCAAGUGCGUCUACAAGGGCAAGAACCUGUCGGGCAAGGUGCUGGCGGGGGCGCUGAUGUCGGACGCCGAUUUCUCAGACACCAACAUGCAGGCGCGCGGGGCGCAGAUGACAUGCGUGGUGGAGGUGGUCCUGACCAAGGCUUACGCGGUGGGGGCGGACCUCUCUGGCGCAGACCUGACCAAUGCGGUGGUGGACCGUGUGGACUUCACCAACGCCAACCUGGCCGGCGCGAAGCUCAUCAACACCGUCGUUACGGGGGCUACCUUUGAGGGUGCCGAUUUGACCAACACCAACUUCGAGGAUGCGCUCGUUGGCUCCCAAGAUGCCAACAAGCUCUGCGCGAACCCCACGCUGGUUGGGGAGAGCAGGGACCAGGUUGGCUGCAAGCAGUAG